AUAAAAGGCUCGCUCGAUAACUUAAAUCGACAAAGAGCAACCUAUCGAACUGGACUUGCGAUACUUGCUGCGCCUCUGUCGUCUGGCACAAGGAAUUAUGGGCGCCGCGGUCCUAUAUGCUUUCAUGGCCGUCGGCUGGUGCAGCUUGGGGGCGGCGUCGGCGUGGACCAACCCCGACGGGUGCGGCCGGACGCCCAUAGCCCCGGCGCUCGAGAGCCACGAGGACCGGGUCGUGGGCGGCCACGAAGCGGUGCCCGGCAGCUGGCCGUGGCACGCCGGACUGCACAGCAGCCCGUUCUUCGAGAGCGCGUACUUCUGCGGCGGGGCGCUCAUCUCGGACCGCCACGUGCUCACCGCCGCCCACUGCCUCGAGUACCGCGCUGCCUACAACGUUUUCGCUCACGUCGGCUCACACAGUCGGAGCAGCCGUGACUUGACGGAGCAGUACGUGCGCGCCGAACACCUUUGCAUGCACGUUGACCCAACGAUGGACAUCGGGAUAGUCAAGCUUUCGAGUAGCGUAAACUUCACGGACACCGUUCGACCAGCCUGCCUGCCUGAACCCGGUUCCGAAUUGGCUGAUAGGACGACGCUCUACGUCACCGGCUGGGGACAGACGGACGAGUUCGAUCCCCAUUCUCGACCGGAGGGGCUGAAGCAGGUGAUGACCAAGAGCGUGGCCAACGAUCGCUGCGUGAAGGAAUUCCACGAAGUACCGAACUACCUGCUGUGCGGCUCAUUCGAAGACGGCACUCCUUGCCAGGGUGACAGUGGAGGACCUCUGGUUCGCAAGGGAGACGACGGUGCCUGGGUUCUCGAAGGGAUCGUCCACAAGGGCGGCCAGCUGUGUAAAACCUUGAGAAACACGAGGGCCAUGCGCUACGUGAAGGUAUCCCACUUCGUCAACUGGGUGGACGAUUACAUGCGAGCGGACGCUGAAGGACGCGCCGAUAGUUUCUGCGACAUGGCGCCGAACUUCAAGCUCGACCGAGGAGAGACUUGCGACUCGGAGUCCGAAGAAGGGGACUAUGCUUUGAUCGCGGAAGAAGGCGUCGGCGUCGGCUCUCGCCAAAACAUGGUUCUGUCAUCGGCUGGUGGCGCCGUUGCCCUGGCGCUGGUUUUCUGGGCCGCCGGAUUUGUAGAGGCGAGGUCCGCGCCAACCUUUGAGCAGUGCGGAAGGCCGGCCAUCGAACCAGUGCUGAAUGCCGAGGACAGGAUCCUGGGCGGCACUGAAGCAGCUCCCGGAAGCUGGCCCUGGCAGGCUGGCUUCCAGCUGCACCACAAUUUGAACUUUGAGCGCCACUUCUGUGCCGGCACGCUAAUUGACAGACGCCACGUGAUCACGGCCUCGCAUUGCGUUCGGUAUCUUCCUCCAGUGGUACAUUUCCUAAUCCGGGUGCAUCUGGGGUCUCACUCAAGGGAAGCCACGGACCCAGGAGAAAUAGAAGUUGGUAUAGAGCACGCCUGCGAGCACAGGGCUUCUUUCAAGACAUACAACGACAUCGCCAUCAUCAAGCUCGACAGAGACGUUCCCCUGAGCAAGUUCAUUCAGCCAGUCUGCCUGCCUAAAUACUCGCUCAACGACACCUUGCCAGGAAACACCGAACUUUAUGCUACUGGCUGGGGCAAGAUUGACGGGGACACGGACGGGGACAUGGCCGACGUCCUGCGGCAGCUGGAGACGCGGACGCUGAACGCCGACGAGUGCCAGCAGCGGCUCAGCGUCAAGUUGCUCGACACCAUAAUCUGCACCGAACACGUAGCCGGCUCCACUUGCCACGGCGAUAGCGGAGGGCCCCUGGUGCGCCGAGAUGGUAACGGCACCUGGUUCUUGGAAGGCGUCAUUUCCGGAGGCCCACGCGUGUGCGGUAACACCAAAACGCCCAUGCGGGCGACGCGGGUGUCCCGCUACGUGCGCUGGAUUGAAGAGUACCGGCGUCGCGACGCCGAGGGAACGCUUGAGGACUUCUGCAAACCGACCCACGUCAAGGGUGCCGCGGAACCAUCCGUGUGAACACGGACAACUUUGUAGGUUCCAAUAAAGCGCAUGGCUUUGUGGAGCCCUAUACUUCAA